AGUCUUUUGCUUUCAUUCGGCGUCCGUGUAUUCCCUUUUGGCGGCAUUAACUAAUGUCAAAGAAUUUCUAUUAAACUAAAGUAAACAGAAUUUUACAAAUUUAGUAAAAAAGGGUAAACCCACAAUGUCGGACGAUGACUGUGAUAUAUUCAAUAUGCCAGUUAAACGGCUAAACGCAGUGCCACAAAAGCAAUUCGCGGAGGAAUGCGAAACAAUCAAACAAAUUGAUUAUGAUUUUAUAAAGAAGCCAGUUACAAAACCUGCCAAGCCAACAGAUAAAAUAAAGCCGAACCCUAAACCAAAAUCGGGGAAACGAAAAAAACAAGCAAAAGAGGAGGAGCCACCUAGGAAUAAAACGGAAGAGAUAACGGGCAUAACUCUGGAAGAGGCGCAGGCGCCCAUUACUCGCCUUGAUCUGUCACCUGUUUCACAGUUAAUUCAUGAGAUGGAGCAAAAAAAGGAAAGGGAGAAAAACAAAGAACUGGAAGCUUUGCCGGUGGCAAGGCGCACGCGUUCGUCCCUGGGCAAACGACAGACCACACCAGAGAAGAACAAAGACGAAUUGGAAACUGCAGUACUUCCAGUUGUUGAAGCUGUGGAUCCGCCCAACAAACGUCGGGGACGUGGGCGUGGGCGUGGAAAAAAAGCCCCAGCGCAGAAUGCAGACACGAGUAGCUCAACGGCUCCGAGUAGCAUAUUUGAGCCACCUAGAAGGAAUCGGAGGCAGGCAGCUGAAGUUGCGGCCUAUUCCCGAGUCGUGGACUCUAUUGAUCUGGUUUCAGCUGUUGCUCCACGCGUGGAAGGAUUUAUAAAUCUAGACUCAGAUGAGGAGAAGGAAAUGAGUCCCGCAGAGCAUGAAGAGUCCGCAGAGCACUCCGAAGCGGCGCCAAACUUCGAUGAUGAUAAUCCCGUUAUUGAUAUUAAUUUGAAUUGGCUCGGUGAUAUGCAAGUAUAUAAGCUGAGACAACACCAAAAGUUCGUGCAUAUGUUCAAGGAAGUUUCGAAACGCAAUGAGGUACCUGUGGAGGAAGUUGUUAUAAAUAUGGAUGAUGUUUUCCUAAACGCAAUGGACUCGCCACAAAGCAUCGGUCUAAGAGGCUUCCACAUAUUGAGUGGUCGCGCAAUGAAAUCGCAUAAAAGUCAACAAAGGGAAGAAGUUAAUCUUAUGUCAAAGCCAAAGAAAUUCCAAUUGAAAAUACAAAAUGAUAAAUGGAAGGAGCCAUUGAUAAUACCUAUGAAAAAAACAGAAACAUUUAAGAUACUUUACAUCAAAUGUGCUGAACAUUUAGAAUGUGAUGUUCAGGACUUCAAGUUGUUUUUUGAUGGCGACUUACUGGAACCUGAGGAUACGCCAAAGGAUCAAGAAAUGGAAGGCAAUGAAAUAAUUGAUUAUCGUUCAAAGUGAAGGAAUCUCCGUUUUGUAGCUUGGUAUU